AUUUGUGCUUAUUCUCAGCAAACUCAUCAAAGGAGGGACUUGAAUUUUAGGAAAGAUAUUGAAAGAUAUGAAGGGGCUUCUCUUCCUCACUUUCAUCACACUUCUGUUGUUUGCAAGUACUAUAGAAUCAAGACAUGAGCCAGGAGAUCGUCAAUGGAGAAAUGUGAUCGAAGACGAGUCAUUACCUGAAGCAAUUAAAAGCCUACUUCCUAUUCAUUCUGAAAAGGAAAUGGAUUGUAAUGAAACUUUAAAGCCUAAAGAUGAAAAGCCUUUCGUUAAGGAUAUCGAGCCUCGACCGCAAGCCUCAUUUUAUCCAAACGACAUCAAAACGAAAGAGUCUGGCAGUGACACCAAUGAGAAGCCAUUUGCUGAAGAUUUUGAGCCAAGACCUAAUCUGUCUAUCUAUAACAACUAAUUAUAAUGGAAGCCAAAAUAAGAUAAUUAAUUUAUAGCCUGCGUUGCUUGGAGUUCUUUCUUGUAAUGUUUAUCUUUAUCUUGUGUGUGAGAUGUAACUUAUUUCUGGUUUGCAGAUGCUAUGGAUAAUAAGUUGUGUGUAUGGUGAGUUUGGCCAAAGAGAUCUAGCUCUUGUUUAAUGCAGCUUUUGGGAUAUUGUUGUUUCUUCUUCCUGCAGAGUAAAAGGAAAUUCUGUGUGUAAAUUUUAUUCCUC